AUGUCUUUUGCUCAAAGCUUCUACUGCUUCCCCAUCUUCACCACCUAUUGCAAUGAUGUGCCUCUCUCCCCUGAGACAGGUAUUAUUGAGGCUAAUCAUGUCCGCGACUUAUACUACAUUUAUGCUAACCGCCACAAUGAUCACCCUUCACCCUACUCAGAAAACCAUCCUGACCCUCUGGAGCGGCACAUUCAUGCUAUGCCAGAUGUUGAGGUGUUCCUCAUGGCUGAUGAUCACCCUCCUCAGUGGUUCCUAGGUGUUGACCUUGCCCAUGCUCUCCAUGGGGCCUACUACCAUGCUCUCCAGGUCUUUGGGGAUGCUGUUCAACCCACAGGAUGGAAUUGCCAUGAUCCUUGGGGCAAUUAUGAUUAUGCCUCUAAGCUAGAAGAGAUCAACUUCCCAUACAUCCCUUGUCCUAUCUGCUUCACUCGCAAUCUCUACCACUUCCCCUUUGACACCUUCCAUGAAUUACAGCGCCAAGUCCACCACAACAAUUUCUAUGUCAUCUGCCUCAACGCGCUUUCCAUCAUUAUUAAUGCUACCAAGCAGAACCAUUACAGCAACCUGGCUCAUGUUGGGUACAUUUGUGGUUCCCCUGCUUGCGUAUCAGCACACCGCUUCUGGUGUUGUCUACACGGGCACCCUGUCAUUGAUAGCUCUGAAGACGAUUUAUCAGAUGCGGGAUUCCCUAUCAACGACUACGACGCCAACAAUGAGUCCUUGGGCCCGCUUACGCCGCCAACUGAAGUUUCUUUGCCGCCUGCGUUGGAAGAAUUUGCGGAACAGAUCUUCAACUACGCCGCUUGGGGAAUCGAGCCUCCCGUCAUCCCUGAGUCCCACGGAAUCCAAUGGUUGGGACAGCAAUACGGCAAUUCAUUCACUGCGCCGGAGUUCAAGCCCUUGCACGCCGCAAGCAAUGCAGGCGAGUACCCUGCACCUCCCAACAACAGCAACUACGAGCUCGACGUCAACGCUCUUACCAAGCAGCUUGCGCAAGUGGCCGUUGUACAGGACGCCAAUCCCGCACCCCUGUACUUCAGCGCCGACUUCGUCGAAUCUAUUUGGGAAUGGCCUGGAGAACCUCAGCCCGUCGCCGACCUGGGACCUCCUGAGUGGCCCUCCGUACCACAGCAGCACACGCCUCCGUUUUCAUGGGAAGACCAUUGGCACAAGGUUCGCGCCCGCGACUUAAGGACCGGAGGGGAUAUGGACUUCGACAUUGGCGGAGGUAUCGAGAUCAACGCUAACCAUGUCAUUCAAACUCGUCCUGUAACCUCUAACUAG